AGUUUCAUUCUUGACGCCAAACAAUACACGAUGACUUCUGUGGAGGGCUCGCGGAAUUUAGUGCUGUUGAUAAUUUUUAAUAUUUUAAUUUUAACGCACAGUCUUGCUAUUGAUCCGAAACUUGAUUUUGGUGAUAAUCGGGGACUCGUUGAAGUGAAAAAGGAUAUAAAAACGGGAAAAAUUAAAGGAUUGCGUGUGACAGUUGAUACGUCGGAAUUAAAAGAAUCAAAAAGCAGUGGAAGUGACAGCUCAUCCUCAAGUGAUUCAUCCGAAACCAAAAAAGUUGUUGGAGUUCGUACCGAUGUGACAUUUGAAAUAACGAGCGGUGAGACAAAUGAUACAAAAACAGUUGAUGAGAAAGAAAUAGGAAAAGAGGAUGAUAAUGCAAGCAUUCCUGUAGUUCCAGUGUUUAAAGGCACACCAGAUCGUGGAGGUAUUAGUAGUGGACAUGUUAAAGAGUCAAUUGACAAUGAAAUUUUGAGUGUCAUACCUUUAGAGAAUCCUUCACAGCCAUUGCCUCCUCGUGGACCGAUUUUUCAUAGACAGGACGACAGGAAUCAAUUUAACGGUGGUGGACAUAGCGAUGAGUCGUGGAAACAAAUCCCACAAUAUGCCAUAUGGACAACCGAGAGAUACAAUAACAGAAGAUUUCAUCAAGAACCAGUCUUUCAUCACCGAAAUGACCAAUUUGAUAUUUUAAGAAAGCCAUCAAAUUUUAUACCAUAUCAAAUUCAUCACGAUCGUCAUCUUCCAUGGGAACCAUGCACUUGUAAAGAAUAUCCAGGGCCACUUUUAAAUCCACAACAUCCGUCUUCGUCAUCUCAUGAAUUUAAGUUAACGAAUAAAGUUGAUGAUAAGCUUGAGAGACCUUUCUCAAAGACUACAUAAAUUUUGUAAGUCAAUUUUUUAUUUAUUCUUGUUUGUAGCACUACCGUACGCGUACAAGUGAAUGAAUGUUGUAAUAAAGAUGUAAGAAGAAAAAAAAUCUAACAUAAUUAAAUUC